AUGAUUAUGCUCCGAAGAAGCUAUAUGCUGCUACUUUUGUUCUUGUUGAUGUGUAGUAUCAAUGCACUUUCGUACAAUUAUUCAAGCUAUCAAUUAAGUAUCAACUGUACAGCUAGUAAAGGUUAUCGUGAACCAAGAACAACAGAAGAUAUUGUCGGAAUCUUAAAAACAGCACUAGAAUCUAAGUCAACUGUCAAAGUAUUAUCUACGCAUCAUCAUAGCCACACUGGUUCAAUUCUGAGAAAUGCUUGCGUCACGAGUGUACAUAUAUUCUAUUUUAUUUGGUUACAUUCAACGCAUGAAAUAAUUGUUACAAGUGGAACAUAUCUAUACAAUGAUAGAACAGUAAUACCACUUUUAAGUCAAUGGAAUUUAACCCCUAAUGUUGCACAGGCACAAAUUACCGCAGAACUAACUGAAGUUGGAUUAUAUACAGUAUUAAAGAAUUAUGCUGGCCUUUGUACAUUGGAAACACAAUUAGGUUAUUCAAAAGUUAUCACUGUACCUGCACUACAAAUACCUGCGUACAGUAUACCAUUCCCGGGACCAAAUCCACUAUAUCUCUAUGGACCAUUACAAAAAACGGCAAUUGGAUAUUCACGUUUAAUGCUAAAUUCACAGUGUCAAUCAUGUCCUUGGAAUGUAUCUUUAAUGGCCUUUAGGGCCAUUUGA